AUGUCAAAUAAAAGAUUAGUUGAUUCAGCUUUAGGCGUAAUUUAUAAUUAGAGCCAAGCAGUUGCCUUUAAUUACAAUAAGCUCGCAGUCGAAUGUAUGAAAUCAAAUAACCUCGAGCUUGGCUUAGACUUACUUCAAAAAGCAUAUAAGAUUACAAAAAAUCUUCCAUCAAAUAGUAAUCAUCUUCUCAAGCUAACAACCCUCAAUAAUUUAAGCUGCGCUUAUAUGAGAAUAAGCAGCAUAAAGCAGGCCAAAGAAAUUCUUAAUGAAGCUUUGGAAGUUGCCUCCACAUUAUCUACAGGAUACAAAGAAAUUGCUAGCACCUAUUUGAAUAUCAGUGCAAUUGAAUCCUCAUUUGGAUUUCACAAGGAAUCACUAGCCCACGCACAAAAAGCCUUAAAAACCCUUCAAGAAAAUAACGAAAACAGCUCAUCAACAGCGAUAAUUGCAUUUUAUAAUAUCGGUUCUGAACAGCUUCAGUUGGGAAUUAUAGAAGGACUUGACAACUUAAAAACGAGCUAUGACUUAGCAAACUCAAAUUUAUCACCUAACGAGCCUUUAAUUGAAUAUAUCAAAAAUAACUAUGCCGAUGCUUGCUUAAAAUACAAAAAAGUCCCAAAAGCCGAGAAAAUUAUGCCGAAUUUCAGAAUAAAAUCCAAAACUUCUGCUCAGAAUUUCGACCACUUAAAUUCACAAAAAAUGAUUUAUAAAAGCCAAAAAACGUCUGAGUCUUCAUCACAUCCUAAAAUAAAGGCAACACGGGCUGAAAUCAGCGUAGCUAAAGGAGGGUCUUGUGAUUAUUCUAAAGGUGACGACAAUUGAGCUAUGAAAGUUGGCAGCCAAAAGAAAUUAAAGCCAUCGCCGAGGAUGACUGAAGGACUUAAAAAAAUCAAGCCAAAAGAGCCUGACGGAAAAGUACUAAAAUCGAGAUCUGGAAGGAAAAUCAGGGUUCUUCAAAAGCAGUCUACAAGUGAAAAAAAUUCUCAAGCUUCAAGCGAAGGUUCGCUCAUAAAAAAAGUUGAAUCCCCAAAGCCAGAAAUGGAUAGAAUUACUUCAAUAAGCGAAAAAAUCGAAAGCCUUAAGAGACAGCUGUGCAAGUUCGAAGAGGUUUGCAAACCUUUAAAAGCAAUGGACUUAGAGUCUUUGGAUUCUCAAGCAUCAUCCGAUAGAAUUAUUACUAUUAGAGAUAAAAGCGCAAGAAUUAUACAAAAUAGUGUCAGGAAAUGGCUGAAACAUAUAAGCACAACAAGAGAGCAUACAAAUUCGUUAGAAAAUCAAAAUUUAGAGGAUUUUCGCUAUAAAAAAGAACAAAACUCAUUGAAAAACCUUAUAAAGCAGCAUGAAAGAAGCUCUGAUGUAAGCAGCUCAGAUAAAGAUGGUGAGACUCCAAAUAAAACAGAAAAUCCACUUUUUGUUAGGGUUAACGGCUAUAAUUCGCAAACAAUUUCUAAUAAAAUCAGCUUGAAAUCUCACGCUAAAGCAUACGAAAAUCUCCGAAGGCAUAAAAUCAAGUACGAUAGCGUCAAACCUGUUCAAUAA